CCGACCCACCUGACACCUCCGAAGCACAAACAAAACAACCUACGUCGAGAGAGUCAAAACCUUAUUUUUUCUCGCUUGAGCUGAAGAAUUUAGGGUUUAGGGUUCAAUGAAUUCUGAAGAAUUAGGAAAAGGGAUUCAAGAAUUGAAACUGAAUCAUAAAGAUAACGAACAGACUCAAUUGCAAUUCACAUGCUUCACUGAACUUGUCAACGAUGUUAACCUCCAUUUUCAGAUUAUUCGCUUUCCCAAACAGAUAUAUGUGUGGAUUGGUUACAACUCUGCAAAAUUGGGACAACUUUAUGCAGCAGCUUCAACUCGUCCUAAUAAUGUGGUUUCUGUAACUUCUAUACUUGGUGGGAAUUCUGAUAAUACAGGUUCUGGCAUUGCUCGUCGAUUAGUGUUGAAGACUGGUCUCAAUAUAAUUAUGGCUUGCAAUAUUCCAAAAAAUAGUCCUAUGGUUGAGAUAGAAGCCGAGAAAAUACUGAUACAAAAACUUAUUAGUUUGGGCUAUACCAAGUCAAGAUUGGAAGGAACGUCUUUAUAGCAUUUUGGCUGAGGGGACUUUUUAUGCAUGCGGAAAUGUAUAUCCCAUUGUCGUUACCUAAUUUUGAAAUCAUGGUAGCUAUUGGUAGCUAUUGAAGACAUUUAGCUUUGUUAUUGUACACAACAAUUACAAAGUCCUUUGACGCGUGAAUCCCUUGUCGAUAUCUGGUGCAUGCGAACGAGAUCACCAUUGAUGUUCCAAAUGUUCAAGGUUCACAGAGAAAUAGAAAUUUUCUUGUAUGCUUGAUUUUUCGGAGUUCCUGCUUGCUUUUUGAACCUUUUGAUAGUAAUUUUCAUUUUUUGUUACGUGUUCAUCUCCAUUUUCUCGCUUCCCCAUAAAUUUAAUUGUGAACUUUAGAAGCUAGAAAUUGGAGCUUCAAUAGGAACGUGCGGUUUGACCAUGAUAAGCUAUUUUAUAUUUUUUGUUGCAAAAACACAUGACGAUAUCGAUGCUGCUUUCUUUGAAGCUGAGAAA